CUGUCACUACUAUUUACAUUCGAUUAUUUGGCUUGUGGGCGAAAUUGUGGUAGAUUCCAACUCAUCACAUUGAAUCUUGCUUCAUAUUUCAUUUCUUAAGUACCGAUAAAAUGGAAUACCUGAAGCCGGUUAUCCUGCAGGUUUUAACACCGCAAUGUUAUGAUGAGUUCUUUGUAAACUUCAACUUUUUCCACGUUGAAUGUUUAAAGGCUGCCCUCAGCAAGGGACUCGGACUCGGAAUCAUAGCUGGUUCUGUGCUUGUUAAGGUGCCUCAAAUUCUAAAGCUUUUCAAUGCCAAGAGCGGAGAGGGCAUUAAUUUGACUGCUAUUUUCAUGGAGCUUUUCGCCAUUUCUGCGAAUAUGGCUUACAGCUACAGAAAUGAGUUUCCUUUCAGUUCAUGGGGCGAAGGUUUCUUCUUGGCCGUCCAAACGGCUCUCGUCGCCGCACUCGUCCUACUUUACGGUUCCGGUCCCGGCAAAGGGAAGAACGCUGGCAAAUCUGCAGCUGGCGGACGGAGCGGCAGCGCCGUAGCGGCGCUCUCUUUCCUCGCCUGUUUCUCGGCCGGACUGGCCCUCAUGCUCAGCCCACUAGCGCCAAUGCAACUCUUGUGGCUCUUCCAGGCUUCCAUCGUGCCCAUCAUCGUCGUCUCCAAGAUGAUCCAAGCGGUGGCCAACUACCGCCAGGGCGGCACGGGCCAGCUGUCGGCCGUGACGAUUUUCCUGCUGACGGGCGGGGCCGCUGCCCGCAUCUUCACUUCGAUCCAGGAGACGGGCGACUCGAUGAUGAUCCUCACGUACGUCGUUUCGACCUUUGUCAACUGCGUCAUCGCGGCCCAGGUGAUCUACUACUGGAACAGCGGCAAGAGCGCCAAAGGUGGCGCCAAAAACAAGAAGAAGGCCGCCGCCAACACCAAAAAGGAGAAAUAAAAAUUCUCUUCUUCUUCUUCUUCAAAAGAAAAAAAGGCCAACAACGAAAAAAAUGAUUUCAACAUCAUCAGCCCUCCCCCCCCAGUAUACAGUACGUCGUUUUCUUUUUUCUUCACACUUGUCGAUCUCCAAUUUUUCAUCCAAUUGUAAUUAAUUUUUAAAUCUGGUGCUAUUAUUAUUUGGAAAAACAAGAGUAGCCAUCACUGCCGUUCAAACUUCAUAACUUUGGUUGCAAUAGUUUGUUAUGACUGACAUGAUUCCAUGGUGUUUGUGGCCUGGUCAGAGAUUUAAACGCGGAAAUGCUUUUUCUUUUGGGUUGUGAAUGCGAGCGAUGAUGUUAAAAAAGGAAAUAAAACUACUGUUUGCCUGGGACGAAGAAGAA